AUGUCGGAAAGUAUAACUUCUGCGUUGCAAAUUCCGCAAUCUUUACGUUCAAUUGCACAUUAUGUAAAAAUAGGUGCGGAAAAUGCAGAUCGUGAUCCGAUCGUCCAUUAUUGGUGUCUGUUUUAUGCAGUACAAAGUGGGAUGGAUAUAGGCAAGAAGUCUCCAGAAGCUCUGCAAUAUCUUACGUCAUUACUUUCAAUAUUGGAAGAUAUGAAGAAGAAAUUGGGAGGAGAAGAAGCGCUCACGCAAGAUUUGGUAGCCCAAGCUCACAUCGAAAAUUUUGCAAUGAAGCUGUUCGAUUAUGCCGACAAAAAUGAUCGCCAGUCGAAUUUUACGAAAGGUGUUAUUAGGGCUUUCUAUACGGCUGGGCACUUAAUCGAUGUCUUGUCCCUUUUUGGAGAAUUGGAUGAAAAUCUUAUUUCAACGAGAAAGUACGCUAAGUGGAAGGCUACAUAUAUACACAGUUGUAUGAAAAAUGGAGAGACUCCGAAACCUGGAUCAGCUGGCAGUCAUAACGAUGACCUAAACGACUUUAAUAUGAGAAUCCCUCGAACUGAAACGAGAGAAGAGCCUCAGUCAACUAUGGAUGGACCCGUUCCGCCUAACAGUGUGCUAAAUCCUAUCGCUUCUUCACAUUUAAUUUCUGACUCAGCCUCAGUGCUGGAAACUUGUGAAAACUUACACAUCUCAGAUGCCAAGGACUCAUCGCCAGAAAUGUGUGAGAAUAGUGGGAGAUUAACCUUGGAUGAUUACAUGGAAGCUCAGAAGUAUGCAAAAUAUGCCGUAAGUGCACUGAGUUAUGAAGAUUCUAAGACGGCUAUCGAAAGUUUAAUGAAAGCACUUGCAAUCUUAAAAAAAUGA